AAUAAUCCUCAGACAGCUUCUUUGGGACCGGAUAUUUUAGAGAGGCCAAGAGAUCGGACACGGAAUAAUGAAGUCAGCGCAAGUUCUUUGGCUUUCUUGUUUGCUGAAAUGGUUAGCUAUACACAAAAUAGAGUAUCAGGGAUAUCGGAUUUAGAGAAAAAAUUAUCUUUGCUUGGCUAUCGGGUUGGACAGAGAGUUUUACCAUUGCUUUCACAUCGAAUCGAAUUUCCAACACCGCCUUCACUAUCUUCAGGUUCAUCGACGUACAACAGAAAUCCAAAAAGAGAGACUAGACUACUGCCCGUGCUCUUAUGGCUACAUACGCAACUAUGGAAAGCAUUAUUCGGAAAGCCUGCUGAUAGUCUAGAACGCAGUACAGAAAAAGAAGAUGAAUAUAUGAUUUCGACAAACACACCCUUAUUCGCAAAAUCGAUGUCAGUACCAAAAGAAAUGAGUCAACUAAGUGUAGAAGCAUUCACAGCUGGAAUCAUUGAAGCAGCAUUGGACGGAUUGGGUUUCCCGGCAAGAGUUACCGCUCACAGUGUACCUACUGCUGAUCAGCCUUUACGAACAACAAUCUUAGUCAAGCUACAUAAGGAAGUAAUGGAUAGAGAAAAAGCUCUU